GCACAAGCUUGAUUGGAUAACUCACGAGCUUAUUUUAUCUCAGCAUUUUGCUAUGCUGGCCAGUUGACAGUUGAUGCUCCCCAUGCACACAUCUUCUGGUGUCCUGAGAGUUGUUUACCUAAAAUCAUUACCACUGAGUAAGAGCGAUGUUUAUCUUCCAACAUUACAUGAAGGUCUUACUCCUUAUCUGUCAACUGCCCUUGCUCACAAUACAGGACGAGAAGGAAAAGAAGUGUUCACAGAUCACAACCACCGAAGCAAAGGACCAUGUAAGGCUAAACGGUGGUGGACCUUUGGGUGCAUAUAACGAAAACUACAUGGCCUUUACGUUAGACGAAGUGCGAAGAAACUUUAAAAACCUGCUCACCUUGCAGCCAGGAAACUUCUCGGCUUUGGCCGCCUGGGCACCGUUAAGUUUUCCCGCCACUCUGGAAUCAGGAGCAUGCGUAAAAGAUUCGGGAAACUGUGAAGGGUGUCCCGUCGUGAAAGACCUUGGCGCUAGCUAUUAUCCGCGCUUCGUAAACGAAGUCAGUUGCAAGAGUUCACGCAUACCUUGCGGUCAGGGUCUUGGAGAAUGCAGAACAUCAGUUAUGAGCCAGAGGUUCUUCAGAGAUCCCUCUAAGGAUCUGACGACCUGCAAUAAAGAUUUAGAAGAAUACUAUUAUGACAUGGAAAUGUGUUGUCAAUGCAUGUUGCUCUAACAUGAUGGCAAGUGAAAACUUGGUCACGUGACUCUUCCAAUCGGGUUUGUCGAGUGCGAACUUCUCCAAUUUUAUUUGGCUGCAAUUUUUCAUAACUUCGUACUGUAAAGUUAGUGAUAAAAAUUUAGACUAAUUCCGAUAGUCGCAUCGAAAUUUAGUCGCCAAUCUAUUGUGUGCAAAGUGAUUAGUUAUACAUGUAUAUCAGUUUCUUAACCAGUCUCUCACGUCCAAGCAAAGGAAACAAACGGGUGGGAAACUAAGCCGAGUUGAGUUUUUACGGUUAUUUUUACAACGUAAAAACAGUGUAAGAAAUGCCAAUGUUAUACAAAAUACUAUUUGAUCAUUUGAGUUAAGAUUACGCCCCUAAUGACGAUUUUUUUUAUAUCUAAACAGCAAAAAUGUCUGAUAGUCAUCAUUAAAUAGUGAAACGUCA